GUUUCUCAGGAAACAGGAAGUGAAGAGAUUAUCUACGUCAUUUGAUUUGUUGAUUGGACGUUUCUAGAAAUAUCCUGCUCAGGGCUCCGCCUCUCUUCCUGCAGCCAUGUAUAAGCUGGACCUGCCCGCAGAUCCUAAAGAAACAGCAGCCAUAGAAAGGAGAAGAAAUAUGGAACAGCAAAGGCAAAGCCGGAUCUUCAACGCAAAAGUCCGGACGAUUGGGGUGGAUGUUCCCACGCUGGAGAGACAGACGGAAGAACGGAAGGCGAUGGAGGGACUGGAGAGAGCCCGGGACCGGGCAUUCGACGCGGACAGACAGCGGUGCGAUAAGAUCGCCAUGAUGCUGGAAGAAAGGGAGGGUCAGGUCGCCCGGGAUCUGGAUAAAGCCGUGCUGCAAUUCAGAGAGCAGCACCAGCAGCCCGGGACCAGGAGGGAAUAUGACCUGUACGACCCGGACGCACUGAAGAAGGAGCGGCCCGCCCGCGUCGGCGACCACGAUCCCCGCUGUGGGCCCGCCAGCUUACAGAAGCUUGCCGGAGAAGACCUGAGCGAGAAGGAGAGAAAGAAGCUGCAGGCGGAGCUUUCUAGGAAGUGGCUGUCAGACCAGAAAGAAGAGAGGAAGAGGAGCGAGGCGCAGAAAAAAUACGCCGAUGAAUUGUAUGAUAAGAAGAGGGUGGAGCUGGAUGAGAGAGCGCAGCAUCUGACCAAGAUGGAAGAAGAAUGCCGAAAGGCUGUGAAUAUGGCCGUCACUAACCUCAACCAAGCGCUGGCCAUGGAGUCUUCAGAGCGCAGGAAGCUGGAGAAACAGCAGGAAGAAGAGAGUAAUUUUGCAGAGAUCUACAACCACCUGACCGGCGACAUACUGACGGAGAACCCCGCCGCGGCCGCUAGCUGCUACGGGCCGCACCGCGUUGUGCCGGAUCGCUGGAAAGGCAUGAGCCCCGAGCAGCUCCAAUCCAUCCUGGAAAUUCAGGAGCAGCAACAGCAGGAGAGACAGAGGCUGAAGGAGGAGGAGAAGCGGGAAGACGUGGAGUGGGACAGGCAGAGGAUGCUGGCGGCUCGCGCUGCAAUGACAUUGGAGCAGCAGGAAGAAGAGCUGAACCGGGAGAUCAGGAAGAGGACGGAUCAGUACAACCAGCAGCUGAGCAGAGAGCAGAGGGCACACCUGGAGUACCUGGAGAAAGUGGUUUACACCAACAACCCCACCGCACAUUAUCACAGCCAGUUCAACACCACCAGCCGCUGAAUAGGACCUCCCCUGACUCCUCCCCCAGCUCCUCCUCCUCCGAUGGGACCGCCCACUCUUGUGAAGGAAGGGGCGGAGUCCUCUCAGAGUCUGCGGAGAGAAAUAAAAGACCUCCCCUGACUCCUCCCCCAGCUCCUCCUCCUCCGAUGGGACCGCCCGCUCUUGUGAAGGAAGGGGCGGAGUCCUCUCAGUGUCUGCGGAGAGAAAUAAAAGAUAUUAUUUGAUCAGAAA